GGGCUACUGUUUGUUGUUGUUGUUGUUGUUUCUGCUGCCGUUGUUGUUCGUAAAUGGAUAAUUAUGGCUCGCCGCCGCAUUAUCCGUACCCCAAUCCCUAUGGAUAUCCUCCACCACCUCCGAAUCACGCUUACCCGCCGCCGCAGCCGUACCCUUAUCAAGCUCCGAGCUAUGGGUACCCUCCUCAUUACCCGGCCCCUCCGCCGCCCGCCUCUUACUCCGGGCCCUUGGACUACCACCAGCCGUCGGCGGCGGCGCCGCCCCCGGCCGCGGCCUCCCACUCCGGGCCCUUAGAUUACCACCACCACCACCACCCGCCGCCGGGCCAUGCCAGCUCGUUUCCUUACCAGUACCCGGCUCUCCCUCCUUCUCCUUCUCACCAACCGCCUCUUCACCAUCACAGCAGCUUCCACCACUACAGCUCGGCCCACUACCAGUACGAGCAGCAGUCGUCGCCGGAAGUCCACUCCCACGCCCCUUCCCGCACCCACAGUUUCUCCGGCGGCCAGCGGCUGGAGAGUUCGGGCUCUUUCGGAACCGAUGCGUACCCGAGGCACGAGGCUGCGCAUGAUGCGUCCCCUAAUUACACUUCCAUUUAUCCUCCGCUGGAUGAUCUCCUGAGUUCUAUGCGGAUAUCGGAAGGUCACUCGACCACCCCUGCAUCUCCUCCAGCUCCUGCGGUUCCACAGUUGGAGGCUCAUUCUGCGAAUUCGAGUUUCAAUAGCCACACGAAUUUCUAUGGUUACCCGAAUGACUCGUUCUCGAGUAGCUGGGAGGAAAGUUCAGGCUUAUAUGAUACGCCCACUCAUCCUGCUUAUGUCCACUCGAGCUCGUUUAAUGGAUCGCAGCAUAGUCAGAGUCUGCAAAUCGUGCCCCUGCAACAUCCCAAAGGAUCUUUGAAGGUUCUCCUGUUACAUGGUAAUUUGGAUAUUUGUGUACAUGAAGCAAGAAAUCUUCCAAACAUGGACAUGUUCCACAAGACUUUGGGCGACUUGUAUAGUAAAUUGCCAGGGACUGUGCAAAAUAAGAUUGAAGGGCAUAUGACUAGCAAGGUUACCAGCGAUCCCUACGUUACGAUAUCCGUGUCCGAUGCCGUGAUCGGUAGGACAUUUGUGUUGAGCAACUCCGAAAAUCCUGUUUGGCAGCAACAUUUUUAUGUGCCUGUCGCUCACUGUGCUGCAGAAGUCCACUUUGUUGUUAAGGAUAGCGAUGUGGUAGGAUCACAAGUUAUGGGAGUUGUUGCCAUUCCAGUGGAACAGAUAUAUUCAGGAGCAAAGAUUGAGGGUACUUAUCCAAUCUUGAACAGUAACGGCAAGCCUUGUAAGCCUGGAGCAGUAUUGAGUUUAUCAAUUGAGUACACUCCAAUAGAAAGACUCAGCACUUAUCAUCAUGGUGUGGGGGCCGGUCCUCAUUAUCAUGGGGUUGCUGGCACAUAUUUUCCCCUAAGAAAAGGUGGAACUGUUACUCUUUAUCAGGAUGCCCAUGUUCCAGAUGGGUCGCUUCCCGACGUGAAGCUUGAUGGCGGGAUGCGUUAUGCCCAUGGAAAGUGCUGGCAAGACAUUUUUGAAGCAAUACGCCAGGCCCGAAAAUUGAUUUAUAUCACAGGCUGGUCCGUGUGGCACAAAGUUAGAUUGGUGCGCGAUGCUGCUUCUGACUCAGGUGGCACCUUGGGGGAACUUUUGAGGACCAAGUCUCAAGAAGGAGUGAGAGUGCUGCUUCUUGUGUGGGAUGACCCUACUUCUAGGAACAUUUUGGGCUAUACAACAGAUGGGAUUAUGGCGACCCAUGAUGAGGAGACUCGCCGGUUUUUCAAGCAUUCGUCUGUGCAGGUGCUGCUUUGUCCAAGAGUUGCUGGAAAACGGAAUAGUUGGGUCAAGCAGAGGGAAGUGGGAACAAUCUAUACACACCAUCAGAAAACUGUCAUUGUGGAUGCAGACGCCGGAAACUACAGAAGGAAAAUUAUAGCUUUUGUGGGAGGGCUUGAUCUAUGUGAUGGGCGAUAUGACACUCCUCAACAUCCUGUGUUUAGAACAUUGCAAACAGUGCAUAAAGACGACUACCAUAACCCUACUUUCUCUGGUAAUACUGCUGGAGCCCCAAGAGAACCGUGGCAUGACUUGCAUAGCAAAAUUGAUGGUCCAGCUGCAUAUGAUGUCUUAACCAACUUUGAGGAACGCUGGUUUAGAGCUGCCAAACCCCGUGGGAUUAAAAAGCUGAAGAUGUCAUAUGAUGAUGCUUUGCUCAGGAUAGACAGAAUUCCAGAUAUUGUUGGAAUAUCUGAUGUUUCUUUUGUUAGGGAGGAUGAUCCUGAGUCAUGGCAUGUUCAGAUCUUUCGUUCGAUUGAUUCCAGCUCUGUUAAGGGGGACUUCCCAAAGGAUCCAAAAGAGGCCACCAAAAUGAAUCUCGUCUGUGGAAAGAAUGUGCUGAUUGACAUGAGCAUACACACGGCAUAUGUAAAAGCCAUACGUUCUGCCCAACAUUUCAUCUAUAUCGAGAAUCAAUAUUUCAUCGGGUCUUCCUACAACUGGAAUCAGCACAAGGACAUAGGUGCUAACAAUCUCAUUCCAAUGGAAAUUGCUCUCAAAAUUGCCGAUAAAAUUAGAGCACAUGAGAGAUUUGCUGCAUAUAUAGUAGUCCCUAUGUGGCCAGAGGGCGUUCCAACAGGGGCUGCCACACAAAGGAUUCUGUAUUGGCAGAAUAAAACUAUGCAAAUGAUGUAUGAGACCAUAUACAAGGCCUUGGUGGAGGUUGGGCUUGAAGAUGCAUUUGCUCCGGAAGAUUUUUUGAACUUCUUCUGUCUUGGGAAUCGUGAGGCACCAGAUUUGAGUGAUACUCCACAGACUGGAAGUCCCAGUGCCGCAAAUACCCCUCAAGCACACAGCCAGAAAAGUCGGAGAUUCAUGAUUUAUGUCCACUCAAAAGGCAUGAUAGUGGAUGACGAGUAUGUGAUAUUGGGGUCAGCUAAUAUCAACCAGCGGUCUAUGGAGGGAACAAGAGACACUGAGAUUGCUAUGGGGGCCUACCAGCCUCAGCAUACAUGGGCGAGAAAAUCAUCUAAUCCACGUGGACAGAUCCAUGGAUAUAGGAUGUCACUGUGGGCUGAGCACAUCGGAGGGAUCGAGGAUUGCUUUACACAGCCAGAAAGUCUAGAAUGUGUUAAAAGGGUCAGAUCACUCGGCGAGAUGUACUGGCAACAAUUUGCAGCCGAGGAAGUGUCGGAGAUGCGAGGGCAUCUCCUAAAAUAUCCUGUCAAAGUCGACCGGAAGGGCAAGGUGAGGCCUCUUCCAGGAUGCGAAAAUUUCCCCGACGUUGGAGGAAACAUCGUGGGUUCAUUUCUUGCCAUCCAAGAAAACCUAACCAUCUGAUGUGCCAUACUAAUCCCAGUCGCUCGGAUUUCCAAACGAAGAUCGCCGCGAGAACACCGAUUGCAUUUUCCCCAGUCGAGUAUAUUUCUCAUGUACAGCUUCUGCUUCCUUUUUUAUUAUCACACACGGGAUGGGGAAAUUAUUUUUGUAGUGGGUUUCUUUCUUGUGUAACGGAGUUGACAGAAUCUGAGAUGUCCUAUUUUGGGCUGUACAAAGUACAUACCGAUUGUUGACCAAAAUACUUUGUUGUAAUAAUGAAAGGAAGGAAUGCACACA